UGAAAGCGCAACACAGCGUCUUGUCACUGGCCCCGCCCCCUCACAGCUCAGACCGUUAGGGAGCGGGAGUCUGCAGCUGGUCACAGGUCAGAGGUCAAGAUGAAGACCACUCAGUUUAAUGAUUUCUUUCUCAUGAGGAAGAAAAGAAAGGAAGGAAAUAGAUCAGAUGAAGUUCAGCUGGAAGCUAACACUGGUGAGGGUGAUGCAGGGAGAGCCAGCACUGCAGAGCUGCAGGGUGUUCAGAGCAGCACAACUCCUGGAAGUGGUCAGAUGGAAGUGACUCCUCAUUUAGUCCCUGUGACUACAAAGCAAGUGAUCAAAGUGCGUCUGGUGAGAAAGGACUCCUCUCUGGAUCUCAACAACUCUGAUGUGAUGGAACAAAUGUUGAAGGAGGUCCAACAGAGGCUGAAGGACCAGGGGGUGAAAGGAGACGUCAAACUGAGCUGGAGGAAGCAGGCAGAUGGAAAGGUCUUCCACGAGGAGGAGGAGGAGACAAAGGAGAAGAAGACCCGUCGCAAGAGGGACGAGAUUUAAAGGGGCACUACGUAGUUUUGGAGAAGAAAUUCAAACUCAUAAUUUUCAUGUUUACAAUAUUAAUGAG